AUGUCGGUGGUGGGCAUAGACCUGGGGUUCCAGAGCUGCUACGUCGCUGUAGCCCGCGCCGGCGGCAUCGAAACGAUCGCUAAUGAGUACAGCGACCGCUGCACGCCGGCUUGCAUUUCUUUUGGACCUAAGAAUCGCUCAAUUGGAGCAGCAGCUAAAAGCCAGGUAAUUUCCAAUGCAAAGAACACAGUCCAAGGAUUUAAAAGAUUCCAUGGCCGAGCAUUCUCUGAUCCAUUUGUGGAGGCAGAAAAAUCCAAACUUGCAUAUGACAUUGUGCAGUUGCCCACUGGGUUAACAGGUAUAAAGGUGAAAUAUAUGGAAGAGGAACGUAGUUUUACCACGGAGCAGGUGACUGCCAUGCUUUUAUCCAAACUGAAGGAGACAGCAGAAAGUGUUCUUAAGAAGCCUGUUGUGGACUGUGUUGUUUCGGUUCCUUGUUUCUAUACUGAUGCAGAAAGACGAUCAGUGAUGGAUGCAACACAGAUUGCUGGUCUCAAUUGUCUGCGAUUAAUGAAUGAAACUACUGCAGUUGCUCUUGCAUAUGGAAUCUAUAAACAGGAUCUUCCUGCCUUAGAAGAGAAACCAAGAAAUGUAGUUUUUGUAGACAUGGGGCAUUCUUCUUAUCAAGUUUCUGUAUGUGCGUUUAACAGAGGAAAACUUAAAGUUCUGGCCACUGCAUUUGACACAACACUGGGAGGCAGAAAAUUUGAUGAGGUGCUAGUAAAUCACUUCUGUGAAGAAUUUGGAAAGAAAUACAAGCUAGACAUAAAGUCCAAAAUCCGUGCAUUAUUACGACUGUCUCAGGAGUGUGAGAAACUCAAGAAAUUGAUGAGUGCAAAUGCUUCAUACCUUCCUUUGAGCAUCGAAUGUUUUAUGAAUGAUGUUGAUGUUUCUGGAACUAUGAAUAGAGGCAAAUUUCUGGAGAUGUGUGAUGAUCUCUUAGCUAGAGUGGAGCCACCGCUUCGUAGUAUUUUGGAACAGGCCAAGUUAAAGAAAGAAGAUAUUUAUGCAGUGGAGAUAGUUGGUGGUGCAACACGAAUCCCUGCAGUGAAAGAGAAGAUCAGCAAAUUUUUUGGUAAAGAAAUUAGUACAACACUAAAUGCCGAUGAAGCUGUUACGCGAGGCUGUGCCUUGCAGUGUGCAAUCUUAUCGCCUGCUUUCAAAGUCAGAGAAUUUUCUAUCACUGAUGUAGUGCCAUAUCCAAUAUCUCUGAGAUGGAAUUCUCCAGCUGAAGAAGGGUCAAGUGACUGUGAAGUCUUUUCAAAAAAUCAUGCUGCUCCUUUCUCUAAAGUACUCACAUUUUAUAGAAAGGAACCUUUCACUCUUGAGGCUUAUUAUAGCUCUCCUCAAGAUUUGCCUUAUCCAGAUCCUGCUAUAGCUCAGUUUUCAGUUCAGAAAGUCACUCCUCAGUCUGAUGGCUCCAGUUCAAAAGUGAAGGUCAAGGUUCGGGUAAAUGUCCACGGCAUCUUCAGUGUGUCCAGCGCGUCUCUCGUGGAAGUGCACAAGUUUGAGGAGAAUGAGGAGCCGAUGGAAACAGACCAGAAUGCAAAGGAGGAAGAGAAGAUGCAAGUGGACCAGGAGGAGCCACAUGUUGAAGAGCAGCAGCAGCAGACCCCAGCGGAAAAUAAGGCGGAGUCUGAAGAAAUGGAGACCUCUCAAGCUGGAUCAAAAGACAAAAAGAUGGACCAACCACCUCAAGCCAAGAAAGCAAAAGUGAAGACCAGUACUGUGGACCUGCCAAUUGAGAAUCAGCUGUUAUGGCAGAUAGACAGAGAGAUGCUCAACUUAUACAUUGAAAAUGAGGGUAAGAUGAUCAUGCAGGAUAAACUAGAGAAAGAGAGGAAUGAUGCUAAGAAUGCAGUAGAAGAAUAUGUGUACGAAAUGAGAGACAAGCUGAGUGGUGAAUAUGAGAAGUUUGUGAGUGAAGAUGACCGUAACAAUUUUACCUUGAAAUUAGAAGACACUGAAAAUUGGUUGUAUGAGGAUGGAGAAGACCAGCCAAAGCAAGUUUACGUCGAUAAAUUGGCUGAAUUAAAAAAUUUAGGUCAGCCUAUUAAGGUGCGAUUCCAGGAAUCUGAAGAAAGACCAAAAUUAUUUGAGGAACUAGGGAAACAAAUCCAACAGUAUAUGAAAGUAAUCAGCUCUUUCAAAAACAAGGAGGACCAGUAUGAUCAUUUGGAUGCUGCUGACAUGGUGAAGGUGGAAAAAAGCACGAAUGAGGCCAUGGAGUGGAUGAAUAACAAGCUGAAUCUGCAGAACAAGCAGAGUCUGACCAUGGAUCCAGUUGUCAAGGCAAAAGAGAUUGAAGCUAAAAUUAAAGAGCUGACGAGUAUCUGCAGCCCUAUUAUUUCAAAGCCCAAACCCAAAGUGGAACCUCCAAAAGAGGAGCAAAAAAAUGCAGAGCAGAAUGGACCAGUGGAUGGACAAGGAGACAACCCGGGCCCUCAGGCUGCUGAGCAGGGUACAGACACAGCUGUGCCUUCGGAUUCAGACAAGAAGCUUCCUGAAAUGGACAUUGAUUGA